AUGUCCUGGACCAUGAUGCCGACAAUCAUUGAAGACGGCAGCAAUCGCCAUGAUCUGCCAGAAGAUUGUGUCGAUAUUCAUGAUCCUCGGAUCGAACAGCUCAUGGUUAGUAUGCUGGAGCAACGAGACAAGUUGACAGAACAACUACAGAAGGCGACAUAUCAUUCAGAACAGUUGGAGGAACAACUACGAGCCAGUGAACGAGAAAAAGAUGCCUUGAAACGAGAAAUGGACCUUCAGAAGCAGCACAUGCACGGUGUAAGUUGAUUUGUUGAUUUUUGAGGUAUUUAGAAGUGGAAUUCUUCAAAAACCAGACGCUUUAAAAUCCAAAACAAAAAUUUCAAGUUAAACCAUAAAAGACACUGUCAUUUUUGUCUAUAUCAAAACAGAAAACUAAAAUUACUGUCCAAAAGCCACUGAUUCCACCUCAUUUUAGGACCUCCCAUCAAUAACCCGCGAGCUAGCUCAAUGUCGAGAAGAAUUAAACGGUAAAAACGAAGAGAUUGUCGAGCUAAAAGCAGAAAGAAACAACACACGACUUCUGCUCGAACAUCUCGAAUGCCUAGUAUCUAGACAUGAACGAUCUCUUCGGCUCACUGUUAUCAAGCGCCAUCAGAAUCAAGCUUCAGAUUAUUCGUCUGAGGUCGAGAUCCUAAAAGCUUUAAAAUCCUUGUUCCAACAUCACAAAAACUUAGAUGAGAAGGUCAGGGAGCGGUUAAGAGUUGCUAUGGAUCGUGUUCAAUCUCUUGAAGACGAUUUGAGCACCAAAAUGGAAGAAAACGCAUCGUUAAAGUCCAAGUUAGCAAUGGCACAAGCUGAAGCUGAAGAACGAUCAAAAAGAGUAAGAUGGACAGCUGAAAAAAAAAUUUUUACUUGCGAAACUUACGAGGUAACUCGUGAGGUAAAGCAAAAACCACAGUUUCAUCUUUAGGCUUGGAAAACUUCAAAUUUAGAUGAACUUCGGCCGAUUAUGAUCAAUCGUUUGUGAUACUUCGUUGAUUUUAUGAAAAAUUAUUUUUUCAAACAAAAUCUUGUCCGCAAAAAUAUUUUUUCUUUGCUAUUUUCCUGUAACUACAACACUUUUCGUAAUUUUGCAGUAAAAUCAAAGUUCUCUCUUCAAAAAUUUUAAUAUUUUUAAAUUAAAACUCGAGUCUUUACCCUAAGGCCAUAUUAGCUCAAAAACAGAUUCCGAGCUUUUAUUAUGAAACGCAAAUAAAAGUUAUCUGAUGAAAACUUUGAACGAUUUCAGAUAAAUGGCACACAGAAAGAAAGAGAUUCUGACGUCGAGAAGGCGGCCAAGAUUGCUGAUCUUCAAUCACAACUCGACUUUAUGGCACAUGAGCUGAAUAACUCGUCGCAACAGAUUCAUAACUUGAGUUCAAGGUAAGUUUUUUGUUUAUUUUUGUAUUUUUAGGUACGAAUCUUUGGAUUAGCUGCAAAAAACUGUCUUGUUUCUUUUUGUAACUGUAAAAUGGAGCUUUAUAUUGUUGUAGUCGACAUGUUAUUCAAAAAUAGUCGAAAUGGCUUUAUUUUAAACGUAAAAUAAGAAAUGUUUGAUUGCCAUACAUAAAGACAAGUAUAGUUUUUGUAUUUUUAGAAACGCCGAGUUAGAACAAGAGAUUGCGGAGAUUCAGAAUGAGUUACGUUCAGCUCGUGAAGCAGAACAGAUGCUUCAGAACAAGAUGGAAGAAUACAUGGCCGAACGACGUGAACUUGAACAAAAGAUUAGUGUUUUGGAGAAACGUUUCAUUGAGAGCCAAAGAGAAGCUUCUUCAUUUCGUGACAUCAAAGACAAACUGGAAUAUCAGGUGUGUUAAGGUUUAUACAGCGUUUUAAUUUAGGUACAAAUCAUGCUAAUAUUUUUUUAAAUGUAAAGUUCUUUAUAACUUAAAUUUUUAAUCAAAUAAGGAUUAUAUUAACACGUUGUAAAUUUAUAUGGUUUUAGCUUGCCAAUCGUGACCACAUGGCUCAAGUCAAUGAUGAGAAGGUUCACAGUCUACAAGAACGCUUGGAAUUGGCUGAAAAACAACUAGCACAAUCACUACAAAAGGCAGAAUCAUUGCCUUCAGUUGAGGCUGAACUUCAACAACGAAUGGAAGCUUUGACAGCUGCUGAAAAGAAGCAAAUGAGUGCAGAAGAACGUGUUCAAAGAGUGGAAAACCUUCUACAAGAACGAUCGUUAGAGUUGGAACGUGCUGUUCAACGUGAAAAGAUCAACGAGGAACAUAACAAGCGGUUGAGCUCGACUGUUGAUAAGCUUUUGGCAGAAUCUAACGAUCGUCUUCAACUUCAUUUGAACGAGCGAAUGCAAGCUGUAGAAGAGAAGAAUUCGUUAAUUCAAGAUCUGGAGCAAGCCAAGAAGAUGUACGAUCAAGCACAGAGAAUCAAGGACCGUCUGGAUCGCGACAACGAUGUGCUGCGAAAAGAAAUCGAUCAACUGCGACAUCAACUAUAUGAAACUAGAACUGCUCAGUUUGCUUCAAAAAUGAAUGGAAAUGGCAUCAAUCAACUGCCAUAUUACCCACAGCAAAAUUACUCUCAAAACAGUGGUGAGAUGCACAACUACUUGGCCACGGCACCACGAAGACCACAAAAGGGACGAAUGGCAGCUCUACAACAAGAUCCUAACAAGAUUCAGACCUUGAAUGAACAAGAAUGGGACAGAAUCCAACAAGCCAAUGUGUUAGCUAAUGUUCAUCAAGCUUUUAGUGCAUCGACGUCGAUGAUGGAGAUGGAACAGAAUCCUCAGCAACAGAACGAUCCUCAAGCGUUGGCUUCUAUGAUUCAGGAGCGGUUGGAUGCGAUAGAUUCUGAGAUUCAGGCGAUUCAAGAGGAGAAGAAGAAUGCACGAAGAGCUGAGCAAGGGCUAUGGCAAGAUCCUAAUAUGAUGUACAACAAUGGGUAUGAUGAUCCUAGUUUGUAUCUGCCUCCGGGCAUGAACAGAGGGUUACCGCCACGAGGAUCACCGCAUGAGUACAGUGUGCCUAACAAGUAUAGUACUGUAAGUUUUACAAGGGAAUUGUUUCGAAUUGUUCUAGCAAUGGGUAACGGCACUAUGAGAUUGCCAAUAACUUUAUAAAUAAAAAUUUUUCUGAACUUUUGAAAGCAUAUUACUCUUCAGAUGCCAGCCCGACCGAUGUAUGCCCAACGCCCUAAGAUGUAUGACAAUGAUGUAUUUGCUCAACAAGAAAUGGACCUAUUGGAUGAAGAAAUGGCUAACCGAGGAUACCUUAACCCAGAUAGAAACUUGUUGAUGGACAGAAUUCAACAGCAAAUCAAUGGAGAGAAUUCCGACAGGAUGAGUCCAGUCUCCAGCUCAAGUUCAAUUCAAGAACUACCGUAUGCAAAUGGGUCUAAACUCAAGAAACGAUCUUCAAGCACAAGUUCAGGCUUUAGAACGUUAGGGCGGAUAUUUGGAGCUAAGAAGAAGAGCAAGGAUCAAAAGUAGGUUGUUAUAAAUUAUUAUAUAAUAUUAAUUAUGUUACAGUAGUCAAAAUAUUUUUAUGUUACUGUAGCGUAAAAUUUUUUGCGCUGUCAAAAAAGACAAGACUAUUUGCAUUAUUUUUUUGACGUAUUUUACAUUAUACACUGUAUAUAUGUAUGAAAAAUAUGUUUUUACUUCCAGGAGCCCAUCAGAAGCAUAUUCUGAUACUGAACUAGCAUUGCCAGAACAGCCAACAUAUUCAUAUCAAAAAACAAAUGGCCAAAACGUUAAUUCAAUGGACUUUGAUAGGCGAAAGAAGAAGAAAAAUGAGUUAUUGGAAGAGGUAUGCUUUUUUUAUAUAUUUUUUGAUUUGGUAUAAGUAUACGGUAAAGAACGAAUUUGUGUAGGCUAGUAGAUAGGAUUGAAUAAGAGGCUUAUUUUUUAAAUAUUAUGUUGGUUUUAAAGUAUUUUAAAAGUAUUGUUAUCAAAGAUUUUUUUUUGUAUUUUACACUAUUUUUCAGGCAAUCAAAGCCCGUACACCGUUUGCCUUAUGGAACGGCCCAACAGUUGUGGCAUGGCUUGAGCUGUGGGUAGGAAUGCCAGGAUGGUACGUGACAGCAUGUAGAGCCAAUGUCAAAAGUGGUGCCAUCAUGUCAGCACUGUCAGAUCAAGAAAUUCAACGAGAAAUUGGCAUUAGCAACCCACUUCACAGACUGAAACUGCGACUAGCUAUUCAAGAAAUGGUUUCCUUGACCUCACCGUCAGCUGGCCGAACUGCCAGAAGUAGUUUAGCCUCAGGCGAUAUGAAUCACGAAUGGAUUGGUAAUGAAUGGUUGCCAUCACUAGGGUUGUUGAAGUAUAGAAGAGAGUUUAUGGAGUGUCUGGUGGAUGCGAGGAUGCUAGAACAUUUGUCAAAGAGGGACCUGAGAACGUAUCUUAAGGUGGUAGACAACUUCCACAAAGCCUCGUUACAGUAUGGUAUCUUGUGUUUGAAGAAGUUGAAUUACGAGAAGAAGCUGCUGGAUGAGAGGAGGAAAGCAUGCGAGAAUGUUAAUAAAGGUAAGACAUUAAAAAGUUUUGAAAAAUUUAAAAAAUUUUGUAGGUAUAGAUUUGUUUACUGUAACUAUGUUUUGGAGUUUAACAAAAAUGAGUGAAAGUUAUCUUUUUAAUUUUUAGAUGUCUUGGUAUGGUCGAACGAACGUGUAGCCAAAUGGGUUGAAGAAAGUGGCCUCGGAUCGUACGCUCAUAAUCUGAAGGAUUCCGGCGUUCAUGGUGCCUUAAUAGCCUUGGAUGACACCUUUACAGCACAAGCGCUACAAGUUGUACUACAAAUCCCAUCCAAUGAUGAACAAAGUAGAAAGAUUCUAGAGACGGAAUUCAAGAAAAUUGUAGCCGAAUGUAGAAGUGAAGCUGCACGAUCCAAUCUGAACGGUGUACAUAUUAACAUGAAUGCCAAUGCUAGUUAG